UGUCACACAGGUGACUCUCGCCUAAAACAUGGCGGUUAUGACGUCACUUGUUCGGCUCCGUAAUCGUUACGAAAAGUAGGUACCGGAAUCGCCGCACCCACGACCGAAAUUUGCGUCGGGAAAAUCGGGAAAAACGGUGUGGAAUAGUUGCUGAGCGGUACGAUCUGCAUCUAUGGACCCGCUAGUGUAGGAACCUUAAUGAAUAGUGCACGGAUUGAUCGAGUACUGUAUGCACAUCCCUCGAUGGAUUCGUGAUCGAGUGAAUACCGUAGGAUAGUUUGGAAAAGGCGCGUGAAACAGGAGUUUGGAACAGGAAAUUCGUUUUUGUUCGUAAAGGGCCACAAGCAGAAUGAAUGAACUAGACACUUUGAGACAGGAAGCUGAGGCACUUAAAAAUGCCAUCAGGGACGCUCGCAAGGCAGCGGCGGAUACGAAUCUGGCCACUGCCACGGCCUCCCUUGAACCCAUCGGCAGGGUACAAAUGAGGACACGUCGCACCCUCAGGGGUCAUCUAGCUAAAAUCUACGCCAUGCACUGGGGUUCGGACAGUAGGAACCUCGUGUCCGCCUCGCAGGACGGCAAACUUAUUGUAUGGGACAGUCACACAACCAACAAGGUCCACGCCAUUCCUCUUAGAUCAUCGUGGGUAAUGACCUGUGCAUACGCACCUUCAGGAUCAUACGUAGCCUGUGGAGGUUUAGAUAACAUUUGCUCGAUAUAUAGCCUCAAAACUAGAGAAGGCAAUGUGAGAGUCAGUCGGGAAUUACCGGGUCAUACCGGUUACCUAUCCUGUUGCCGGUUCCUGGACGAUAACCAAAUUGUGACCAGUUCAGGAGACAUGUCCUGCGCAUUGUGGGACAUUGAAACCGGUCAGCAAGUUACCAGUUUUCUUGGACACACUGGGGACGUUAUGUCUCUGUCACUAGCACCAGAUAUGCGUACUUUUGUAUCAGGUGCGUGCGAUGCCUCCGCAAAAUUAUGGGACAUUAGGGAAGGCAUGUGCAAACAGACGUUCCCUGGACACGAGUCCGACAUCAACGCAGUGACGUUCUUCCCUAACGGGUUCGCUUUUGCGACGGGUAGCGACGAUGCCACUUGCCGUCUCUUUGACAUUAGGGCUGACCAAGAGUUGGCGAUGUACAGCCACGACAACAUAAUCUGUGGUAUCACUAGCGUAGCGUUCAGUAAAUCUGGCCGAUUGCUGUUGGCCGGUUACGACGAUUUUAACUGUAACGUGUGGGAUUCCAUGAAAACAGAAAGAGCCGGUAUCCUGGCCGGCCACGAUAACCGAGUGAGCUGUUUAGGAGUGACAGAGAACGGAAUGGCGGUCGGAACGGGUUCCUGGGACAGUUUUCUGCGCAUUUGGAACUAAAAAGCAGAGAAAAACCCUAAAAAAUGAACACAAAGGCAAAAUUUCCGUUACAAUCUCACCUACAUCACGCCGCAGUGAUUUUUUCAUUUAUUUUUUACAUUUCUGUUUCAUUUUGUUCACACAAAAAAACAUUUUUGCCAUAUAUAUCGACACAGGAAAAAUUAAAAACGAUAAAUAUUGCAUUUUUACUACUAUAACUUUAUUAUAUUGUAACUAUAUAUUUUGUAAGGCUCCCUAUCUCCUCUAUAUAUUACGUGUAUAGUAUUUUUUAUUUAAUUUUCUUUUUUUUUUCGAUUUUGUAACGCUCCCAGACCCCCGCCUGUGCUUAGAAAAAUUAAAAAAAAUAUUUUUGUAGAUUUUUUUUCGCUCUACAUUAUUAUAAAUAUAAUUGUAAGGUUAGGUUUUUAAGUUAUUAUUAUUAUUAUUAUUGUUUCUUUGUGAUUAUUUUUCCAAAAAAAAACGAUGCUUAUAGGCCUGUACGUGUUUGUAUAUUAGUGACAUUAUUUAUUUAAGUGUUUAAAACAAAAUGUUUAGAAUUAAAUAAAAAGGCGAUAUGAUUUAUUUUGGUUGUAUUUAUUUUUUUUUUCUAUUUGAAUCACUCUGUAGUGAUGUGGGUGAGACAAAGUAACUAAGAAUUAUUUUGUUUUGCGUCGAACUGUAUAUCAGAAAAAUCUUUUUUUUUUCUUCGGUUUUUGUCAUAGUACAAACAAAAAAAAAUCAUCUAAAGAAAAGACCAAAUAGGUUUAUGCAACAGAACGUUGAUUUUUUUCUUAAAACUAAAGUUCGAAUAUACGGGGUGUUCCUCAAUAAGUGUCAGGGAGUGAUUUUUCAAGUAUUUUUACAUAGAAACACGCGUCGUGCAUUGAGAAUCAACAUUGGAUGCAUUGAUUAGAAAUAACCUGUAUUCAUUAUGAAAAAGAGCUCUUUUUCAACUUUAGACACCCUGUUUGACAAAAUAUUAAUUGAACACUUAUUCAGAAACAUCCUGUAUUUAAAACAAAAAAAACAGAAUUUUCUGUUUGUACUAAUCUUGUGGAAUACGAUGUUGCCAUUACGUGAAAACGAUGUUGCUAUUACGUGCAUUUCUCCAUAAAUUAGAUUAGUAUGAAAUUAUUGGCUUUCGAUCUGUUUCAAAUUAGCUAUGGUCUGUUUCACGAAAGAUGUCUAUAGAAUAGUGUUAAUUCAAGGGAUGGUAUUACCUUAAAAAUUGUAUUAGAUUUAGUACAUUUUUUAAUAAUUCAUGUUAGAAAUGUACUGAACCUAAUCCAAAAAUUUACCGUGUCAUCUCUCGUGAACCUGAUUCUAGUCGAAAAGGAUAACCAGAGAUAAGUGGUGGUUAUUUUGUGCCAUAGAUAUAGGCGCUUGUUACUAUUGAAAGUAAAAAACUGACCAACAAAAAUUCGGCAGAACGACUUCUAAACAUAUAAACAAAAAAUAAAACGUGUAAUACUGCCGCGCCAUUUUGAAAAAAAAACACUGGCGUCUAUGCGUAUUUAAAUAAAAUUUAAUUAUUGUAAGAGAACCACUUUUCAAACUCUUUUUUUAUCGAAUAAUAAUGCAUUUUGUUAUUUUAUCUAUAGCUAUUGACAGAGAGGAUACGUUUUUUUUACGUGACAUUAAAUUUUAUAUUGGAGACUUGGAACAAAAAUAUUAUCAGAAGAUGUACUUUUCGAUAUCCCCCGUAUUUUUUCUUCAAUAAUUGAUGAAACGUCCUAACAUAUAGUCUCCAGUAUAAAGAAAUACCAUGCGAUCGAAAAAAAGGUGUCAUAAUUGGCUUAGAAAUGGAAAUCAUUUUCUAUCGUCGUUUCUAAGCUAAUUUGCCGUCGUUCUUUUUCGAUCGCACGGUAUAUGUAUACAGGGUUAUUUAAAUAUGUAUCCAACCAUCAGGAAGUGAAUUUUUGAAUGAUUUUAAGGCUUAAAAUCAUACAAAAAGGUCGCUCAUGUUUGGCUGAUGUGUACCUAAAUAACACCCUGUGUAUUGUAUGUAAUUUAAAAAGUCUGUGGGUAUAAAACAGUGGGUAACAUAUCCUACAAGUACUAUAGCUUUUUGCUUAAAAAAUACCGAAUUUUGCGUUAUAUUUUCGAUCCAAUAAACUGUCAAAACUACACAAAUACACGGUCUUUUUUACAUAGCACACUCGAUUUUUUUUAAAAAUAAAGUGUAACUCUAUAUAGAAGCUCUUUUUUAUAUGUACGUAAAAGUAAGAUAAACCUUUUUUUAUUUUUGUUUUCAACUUUAUCCCAAAAUUUUACUAAUAUAAAAGGCAGCUUCUCGAAAAAAAAAACAUCCCCUUAAAAUGUAAGUGUAUAAUUUUUUAAAACUACUUAAUAUAUAGGACGAUAAGGAAAACCAAGUAUGUUAAGUAUGUACAUGUAUAUAUGAGUAAAAGCAAAACAAGGGUUGGGAACAUGGAUGGGUUUUGUACUGUAAGAAUUCGAGAAUAACAAAUACGAAAUUGGUUGGUGGUUUUAAAAUUAAUGUAAUUCGUUUGAAUUUGACAUUCUCGACGAGAAAAUCAACCAAGUUCAACCGAUUUCAACCGAAUUUUGGGCUCAAAAACCAUUGAUCGAUCCUGUAUUGACAGUACCCUUUUUUCUAGGUACUGUUCUCGAUUUUUCGAACCACCCCGGUACUAUAUCAAGCAAAUCGUUUUUUCCACACUACGAAAACAAACUAUACGUUGUUUUUUUAGAGCGGACGACCCCUAUGAGCUUUGUGAAUGUGUGUUUUUUAUAAACUUAGGAAACAAAAAUUGUCCCACAAGAACAAAAACAUUAAUAUUAACGUCUGACCUACUAAACGCUGUUUUUUCGAUAUAUUUGAGCACAAAUAAUGCAUGUAGCUAUAUAUAUACUUUCUUUUGUCCCCUGUACACAGAACGUUUCCUUGAAACGAUGCGUUUUAAUACGUUUUUGAGGCUCUCCCGAAAUAUGUACUGUAAGAUCGAAAAAAACGGAAUCAAGGUAGGCUGAGGAAUGACAGUCGAUAAUAAUUUUGGCGAGGUCAAGCCCUAGACAUAAUCUACUUGAUCCGUAGUCUUUAAUUGUUUAAUAGCUCUUACUUCUAUCAUUUUUUAAUCUUUUUAUACUUAGAGUUAAUUUUUGACUAGUUUUAUGUCAUUUUUUAGUAGUAGAGAUUGACCUCAACAAAAUUAUCAUCGAUUGUCGUUCCCUAGCCGUCUAUGACGCCGGUUUUCUUUCGACCAUACGAUAUAUACGCGGUUGUUGUCAAAAAAUCACACAAAACAGUAUAAUGCUGACCAAAUAAGUAUGUCAGAAAAAAAGAAACAUACCAAAAGUACCUACCAUA